AUGCCUCCGAGAAGUGCUGGGGUGCGCGAAAGGCAAAAGCGAACUCGCGAAGACAGCAAAACCUCGGGGCAACUGCACAAACGCCAAAAGGUCCUGCCAGCGACUGCAACUCACCUCGCCGAUGACACUUCUGCAGAGCCGUUCUCACAAGAAGAUGUGGACAGAGAAAAUCUCACAAAUCAUGGACCUUUGGCAGCCUACUCGUCGAGUUCCGUAAUGGAAGCGGCGAGCUUGCGGAACGAGUUAAAGGAGCAUGUAAGCAGAUGCCAGCUGAUCGUACGGAAUGUCGGCUCCCUCGUGCAGCAACGGGAGUCGUCGACUGCGGCAAUGGCCACACUGCCUUCCUUAUGCAGUAUAUCCCCCCGAGAGGUAGUUCGCCUCAACGUUGGUGGUGAGAUAUUCACUGUGCCUCUGCAGUUAUUAUUAAAAAAAGAUGGAGGUGACACCUACUUCGAUAUGUUGUUUAGGUACGGCGCAGCUGGUGGUGAGGACAGCCCUUACCCGACUAGCUUCCAACCUCCCUUGUUGGAUGAUACUGGGGCGCUCUUCAUUGACAGAGACCCAGGUACAUUCCGGUUUAUCCUUAACUAUCUUCGAGGAUCCCGCAUGCUUAGCAUGCUGAGUGAGGAUCGGCUCUCCAUGUUGAAGACCGACGCACAGUAUUUCCAGCUGCACGGUCUCAUAAAGGAACUAAGUGAUGAGUCAAAGGAAACGGGCAUUAAGUUCAAUCCUGGUCCCGGUGUGAACCUGGAGCGGAACAAGUUUCGCGUUGUAUACAGCAUCGCAACAAUUGGAGAAAAUUUCCUCAUUACAGGAUGCCAUCGUAUAACAUUCGAAAUACUGAAUAGUGAGUAUGUAGGAAUCGGACUGAUAUCCGACAUGUGUGUUAUGUCGGAUCAAGAGUUUCACAAAACAUUGCACUGCUGUGUUUACUACAUGACGGGUGUGUUCUACUCCAACUUCCCGCAUCACCGAAAAGAGGAUAGACUCGAGGCGCUGGAUAAGGGUGAUUUUGUCUCUCUCAUGGUAGAUAUGAACAAACGCGUCGCCGAGUACACGCUGAAAGGUUCAGUAAAAACGAUACCUCUCGGCAACGCGCGUAAGUUGCGCUUCGCUGUGGUUAUGAAAAUGAACUCGCGGAUUCGUAUUGUUCCCGAGGAGGAGGCCAGGAAGUUGCCACUUUUCCGCCGUAGGUUAUAUUCAAGUGAUGUUGACUCUGUGGAUAAUGCGCUUUCUUUGGCGGAUGAACGAGACGGAUUCACGCAACUUUCACAGAACAGUGGUGCAGGGGCUGUAGAACUCCCGACGGCGAUGACGCUUUUCUCACAGCUACAACAACAGCAACAUCAACGUCAGUUACCACCCCCGCAAGGGGCAGUGCAAGACUCCGGUGAUCCUAAUGCAGUUGAUCCUUCACUACCGUUUCUAGAUGACGGCAAUGGCGGAACCGUGCGGCCGCUCACACUUGAUUUCACAGCGGAAGAUAUCUUUCCCGUUGACGUUGAUGAAACGGAAGCGUUUCACCACCGCAGCGCACCGCAAGAAGGCGAAUGA